CUUUCAGAAGUAUGACGAGUUUGCUAGUUCGGGUUUUUAGGUUAGCUGUUAGAGAACAGUGUCGAACUCGGGCAAAAUCUGGCCAGAUUACUCAGGCACGAGGAUGUCAUACUAAAUCUAAGGAGAGUGGAGUCCUGAAAACAUAUCUGGAGAAAGUUCUUAACAAUCCUUUACCUCUUGGAGCAGGAGCAUUAGUUGUUGGGAUUCUACAAUGGAAUAGGAUCAGAUCUAGAAACGAAAGGCAGACAGAAGGAGAAGAGCUUAAAGAGGAGGCAAAUAAGGUUCUGCAUCCGGAGCAUUGGAAGGUUACAUGCUACUCAAAUCUACCCCUCCGACACGUUUCUAGGUUAUGGGGGUUUAUUAAUGAGAUCCAUUUACCUGUAUGGUUGAGAACCAAAGUUUUAGGUUGGUAUGUGAGUGCAUUUGGCUGUGAUUUGUCUGAUGCUGAGGUAGAGAAUCUAGAAUAUUAUCAAAACCUAGGAACAUUUUUCAGACGCAGAUUGAAGAGCAGUGUGCGUCCUAUAGCCAGUGAAGACCUGAUAUCUCCUUGUGAUGGGAAGGUUAUGCACAGUGGGCCGGUUGAUGUUCAUUCAGGACUUGUAGAACAGGUUAAAGGAGUUACAUAUUCAUUAAAAUCCUUCCUGGGCAGUUACUUUUUCACAGGGGUUCAAGCUCUACAUGGAUCUAAAGAAGUUGUUGAGAAAGAAGAAUCCCCGAAGAAUUUAUAUCAAUGUGUUCUGUAUCUUGCACCCGGAGAUUACCAUUGUUUUCAUAGUCCUACAGACUGGAUUCUCGAGCAACGAAGACAUUUUCCCGGAGAGUUGUUGUCUGUGAACCCGAAGGUUGUUAGUAUCAUUAGUCAUCUGUUCGCACUCAACGAGAGGGUUGCAUACAUAGGCAAAUGGAAACAUGGUUUCUUCUCUAUGACAGCUGUUGGAGCAACUAAUGUGGGAUCUAUUAAGGUGGAAAAGGACCCUGAGCUUACAACUAAUAAUUGGAAAUAUGAAUCAAAAACAUUCCAUCAAAAAUCAUUUAAGAGUAAAGUUGAGGCCGGUAUUCCUGUGAAGAAAGGAGAAUAUUUCGGUGAGUUUAACCUCGGAUCUACAAUAGUUCUCAUUUUCGAGGCGCCAGACAACUUCCAAUUCGACCUGUGGCCUGGAAAAGUUGUUAAAGUCGGACAUGCUAUUCUCAAAUCUCAAGAUAGGGAUGAAAAUCAAUCCUAGACUGUGCCGAAAUCCUCGAAAUUUUACACCUGAACUUUGAAAAAACUGCUAUAUUUUCCAGAAAAA